AUGCCGUCCGCCGUGGGGGCUCACUCCCACCGCCCGACCACCAAGGUCUCGCACAAGGGCUACAAGUCCAAGAAGGCCACCAAGGGCGCCUUGCGAGAGCAGGCCAAGGGCAAACUCAGCAGCGAAAAGGGCCAGCGCAAGACUCCCCACCAGCAAGUCAUGUCCAAACUCGACCGCCGAAACCAGGCCAAGCAGCGCCAGGUCCUCAAGCACAAGGAGCACCAGAAGGAGAACUCGGUCUUCAACGGCAAGGAUGGCGCCCCGAGGAUCGUUGCCGUCGUCCCCCUGUGCCACGACGGCGAUGUCUCGGCCGCCAUCAAGAGCCUCAACAGCAGCCUCGACAUCGAGUCCGACGUCUCCGACACCAGCUUCCGCGUCUCCGUCGACCGCUUCAAGCAGAAGCUGCAGUACGUCCCCCUGAAGCGCGACCUGACCGCCUGCAUGGACGCUGCUCGCGUUGCCGACUUUGUCGUCUUUGUCCUGUCGCCCGACGUCGAGGUCGACUCCCUGGGCGAGCUCAUCAUUCGGAGUAUCGAAAACCAGGGCAUGUCCACCUGCUUCUCCGUCGUUCAGAACCUCGAGAGGAUCCAGCCUGCCAAGGCCCGCCCGGAUGUCGUCAAGUCGCUGGCCUCCUUCAUGACACACUUCCACCCCGACCAGGGCAAGGUCUACAGCCUCGACUCGAGGCAGGAGUGCUCCAACCUCAUGAGGUCGCUGUGCAGCACCACACCCAAGGGCAUCAACUGGAGGGAUCAGAGGAGUUGGAUGUUGGCCGACGAGAUCCAGUGGCCCACCUCGUCGUCAGAGUCGACCGUCGUCACCGGUGUAGUCCGUGGCAAGGGCCUCAAGGCAGACCGCCUGGUCCAGGUAGGCGACUGGGGCUCAUUUCAAAUCGAGAAGAUUGUGGCCGCGCCUCUGGCAACCAAGAGGAAGAGAGAUGGCGACAUGGCCGUGGACGAGACCGGCGCUGAAAACGUGCUGGAGACACCGACGGAAGAUCAAGAUGAUCUGGCCGAGCUAGCACCCGAGGAGGCCCGGAUGGACGACGCAAACGACGACCUGGCCUCAGUUGCUGCUACCAGCAAGAAGGGUGUUCUUCUAGACGAUCACCACUACUUCUCCGAGGACGAGAUGCUGAAGCCUGCACUGCCAAAGAAGCUACCCAAGGGAACGUCCAACUAUCAGUCAGCAUGGUUCCUCGAAGAUGUCUCCGACUCGGAGUCGGAUAUGGAUGACGAGGAGAUGGAAGAUGCCGACGCAGAGCCAGAACAAGCAGCCCCCGAAGACGGAAUGGAGGGCCUGGCUGCUGCGGAACCGACAGAAGCCGCCAUGUCCGAAUACCCACAAUCGGAGAAGUUCGAGGAGCUCGACGAAGCGGAUGACGCUGAGCAAUUGGCAGCGUACAGAGCUAGGAAGCGGGAUGAAGCCGAGGACGACAUGGAAUUCCCGGACGAGGUCGAGCUGCUCCCCAACGUUCUUGCAAGAGAGAGACUGGCAAAGUAUCGAGGACUCAAGAGUUUGAGGACGAGUCCAUGGAACACGGAAGAAGACAGGCCAUACGAACCAGAAGAAUGGUCGAGACUCUUACAGAUAUCCAACUACCAAUCCUCGAGGAAUCGGUCGAUCCAGGAAGCAUUGGUCGGCGGUGUGGCACCAGGCACGAGAGUUCAAGUCUACCUAAAGGGGCUACCGUCUGAGCUACAGAAGACGUACAAGCCUACCCAACCUAUCACACUAUUCUCAUUGCUGAGGCAUGAGAACAAGAGGACAGCAUUGAACUUUGAAGUCACCCACAAGGAGGAUUACGAAAAGUCAAUCAAGGCCAAGGAAGAGCUCAUCGUCCAAUGCGGCCCCCGCCGCUUCGUCGUGAACCCCCUAUUUUCCCUCAGCGGGAACACCGAGAACGACGUGCACAAGUACUGCAGGUUCCUCCACCCGGGACAGUCCGCAAUCGCGAGUUUCAUGGGCCCUAUCACCUGGGGAUCGGUACCGACUCUGUUCUUCAAGCGAACUGUGCCCGAGAAUGGCGAGGACGCCGACGAGGACGGUUCUGAGCUUCCUCUACAACUCGUGGCGACCGGAACGGCGCGCGCCCCGUCGACGUCGAGAGUCAUCGCGAAACGUGUCAUUCUCACUGGCCACCCGUACCACAUCCACAAGAAGGUCGUCACGAUCCGGUACAUGUUCUUCAACCGCGACGACGUGGAAUGGUUCAAGGCCCUCCCGCUGUGGACCAGGCGCGGGAGGAGCGGUUACGUCAAGGAGGCUCUGGGUACGCAUGGAUACUUCAAGGCCACCUUUGACGGACGCAUCAAUCCCCAAGACAGCAUUGGUGUCAGUCUCUACAAGCGCAUGUGGCCCCGAGAUGCGAGGCCCUUCACCGGUCCCCUGUUGGAGGAGGCCGAGUUCCAGGGCUUCCAAGACGAGACCAUGGAUGAGGAUGUCCAGUAG